GGCGGGGCGGGCGGCGGGGCGGGCGCGGGUCUGCAUCCGGGUCGCCGCCGUGCCCAUUGUCUGGGGAAGGGGCCCGGGGCUCGGCGGCGCUGCACCCGAGGGCCCCUGCCCGCCCGUCGUCCACCCGCGCAGGCUUUAUGGACCGCAGUUCGAAGAGGAGACAGGUGAAGCCUUUGGCAGCUUCACUGCUGGAAGCUUUAGAUUAUGAUAGCUCUGAUGACAGUGAUUUUAAAGUUGGAGAUGCUUCAGAUUCUGAAGGAAGUGGUCAUGGGAGUGAAGAUGCAUCUAAGGACAGUGGUGAAGGUUCCUGUACUGAAUCAGAAGAAAAUAUCUUGGAGGAGGAACCGGCAGAACAGAAAGUAGAAGAGCAACAGCCGAAAGCCUCCACUGAAGAAGUGCCAACAACAGACAAAGAGGUAAUUAAAACUGAAAAGAAAGAGCAGGAAGAUGAAGAAGAAAAGCCAAAAAAGAAGAAAGAGAAGGAGAAAGCAGCUGAACCUGAUGCUGUGGCUGAUGAGCAAACAAAUGAACCAAAAAAAUGGAAUUUGCGCAGGAACCGACCCCUGCUGGAUUUUGUAUCGAUGGAAGAGCUGAAUGACAUGGAUGACUACGACAGUGAAGAUGACAAUGACUGGCGGCCUACUGCUGAGAAAAGGAAAGGAAAGAAUGCACUGAAAAAAGAGGGGAGUGAUGGAGAUAAUGAAGAUGAUGAAGAUGACGGGAGUGGAAGUGAUGAGGAUGACAAUGAUGAGGAAGCUAAUGAGGAAGAUAAUAGCAGCACGGCUAGCGAUGGAGGAUCCAAGAAGAAGAAGAGUAAAGUUCUUAACAGGAAUAAUGCAGAUGAUGAGGAAUUGACAAAUGAUAGCCUGGCUCUUUCACAAAGCAAGAGUAAUGAGGACUCAUUGAUCCUUGAGAAGUCUCAAAAUUGGAGUUCCCAGAAAAUGGACCAUAUUUUGAUUUGUUGCGUUUGUCUUGGAGAUAACAGUGAAGAUGCUGAUGAAAUAAUCCAGUGUGACAACUGUGGAAUAACAGUGCAUGAAGGUUGCUAUGGUGUUGAUGGAGAGAGUGACUCUAUCAUGAGUUCAGCUUCAGAAAAUUCCACAGAGCCAUGGUUUUGUGAUGCAUGCAAAUGUGGUGUCACACCUAGCUGUGAAUUGUGUCCCAACCAAGAUGGGAUCUUCAAGGAGACUGAUGCAGGCAGGUGGGUCCACAUUGUUUGUGCCCUCUAUGUUCCAGGAGUGGCAUUUGGAGAUAUUGACAAGCUACGGCCAGUAACACUAACAGAAAUGAAUUAUUCCAAGUAUGGUGCAAAGGAGUGCAGCUUUUGUGAAGAUCCUCGUUUUGCCAGAACUGGUGUAUGCAUUAGUUGUGAUGCUGGGAUGUGCAGAGCUUAUUUCCAUGUGACCUGUGCUCAGAAGGAAGGUCUCCUCUCAGAAGCAGCAGCAGAAGAGGAUAUAGCUGACCCUUUUUUUGCUUAUUGUAAACAGCAUGCGGACAGGUUAGACAGAAAAUGGAAGCGGAAGAACUACUUGGCUUUACAAUCUUACUGUAAAAUGUCCUUGCAGGAAAGAGAAAAGCAGCUUUCACCAGAAGCUCAGGCUCGAAUCAAUGCCAGGCUCCAGCAGUAUCGUGCUAAGGCGGAGCUGGCGCGCACCACCCGGCCCCAGGCCUGGGUUCCCAGGGAGAAGCUGCCGCGGCCGCUCACCAGCAGCGCUUCGGCCAUACGGAAGCUCAUGCGCAAAGCUGAGCUGAUGGGAAUUAGCACAGACAUUUUCCCAGUGGAUACUUCAGAUACAAGUUCCAGUGUUGAUGGAAGAAGAAAACAUAAACAACCAGCUCUCACUGCUGACUUUGUGAAUUAUUACCUUGAGAGAAAUAUGCGCAUGAUUCAAAUCCAGGAGAAUAUGGCUGAACAGAAGAACAUCAAAGAUAAGUUAGAAAAUGAGCAAGAAAAGCUUCAUGUGGAGUAUAAUAAGCUGUGUGAGUCCUUGGAAGAGCUACAAAAUAUGAAUGGAAAACUGCGAAAUGAAGGGCAAGGAAUUUGGGCUCUGCUGGGUAGAAUCAUCGGACAGAAAUUGAACAUACCAGCAAUUUUACGGGCCCCGAAGGAGAGGAAACCAAGUAAAAAGGAAGGAGGAGCACAAAAGGCAUCUACACUUCCGGCAGUACUUUAUAGUUGUGGAAUUUGCAAGAAGAACCAUGAUCAACACCUACUGCUACUAUGUGACACUUGCAAACUUCAUUAUCAUCUUGGUUGCCUGGAUCCACCUCUUACAAGGAUGCCAAGGAAGACCAAGAACAGUUACUGGCAGUGCUCAGAGUGUGACCAGGCAGGUAGCAGCGAUAUGGAGGCUGAUAUUGCCAUGGAAACCUUACCAGAUGGGACCAAAAGAUCAAGGAGGCAAAUCAAGGAACCGGUGAAAUUUGUUCCUCAGGAUGUGCCAACAGAACCGAAGAAAAUUCCAAUCAGAAACACGAGAACUAGAGGACGAAAACGAAGCUUUGUGCCUGAAGAAGAAAAACCUGAGGAACGUAUUCCCAGAGAAAGAAGGCAACGACAGUCUGUGCUGCAAAAGAAGCCCAAGUCAGAGGAUUUAAGGACUGAGUGUGCUACCUGCAAAGGCACUGGAGACAAUGAAAAUCUAGUCAGGUGUGAUGAAUGCAGGCUUUGCUACCAUUUUGGCUGUCUAGACCCUCCCUUGAAAAAGUCUCCUAAACAGACUGGCUAUGGAUGGAUUUGUCAGGAAUGUGACUCUACAUCCUCCAAAGACUCCGAGCCGUCAAAUGAGGUGGUCUCAGAGGCCCCAGGUAACGUGGUACCCUCUACCUCAAGAAGUAGCUCUGAAGAGCUGAUAUCGGUGGCACAGAAACGUCCAGAAGAGGGAACCUUGAGAGGGGAGCACCAGUAUGCUGAAUUUCCAAAUUCAGAACCCACCAUGAAACAAACCAUCUAAGUUACUGAUGGGAAGAUGAAAAUGAAGCUGAAGCAGAAAAUCCAUCUCAGGAGCUGAAUUUGGAACAGAAAAAAUCAAAAAAAUAGGAGAUUGAUGUCUUGUUUGAAAUAUUUGCAAGUUGUGUAACAGUGGUUAUAGUUUCUCAUUGUAAAAUUAAGAAAAAAAGUUCUCAAUAAAGUCAUUGAAAAUUAAAUUCAUGGUGCACUGGGGAAUUAAUUAAGUAGCUCCUGGUGAUAUUCUUGAUUACAUUAAAAGCUGAAUUAUCAGAACUGAGUACAUUACCAAUAAAAUUCUGAAAGCUUUUGAAACACGUUCUAGAAAGCUGAUGGGUUUUUCAUCACAUGUAGCAUUUACUAAGCAAAUAGGGCAAUUUUAUGUUUUACUCUGCAAAACAGUGUUAUCCUUAAAGGAUAGUUAUAACUCAGACGUAUUUUGGUAUUUCUGAGCAAGAGCUUUGAUUCUUAAAAGUUAGAUAAAUAUGUUCUACUAAAGGAGUUCUGAAGUUUCUUCUGAUCAGUGAUUAAAGUAAAUGUUUCUGAGGAGUAGGUAGAAGCAAGAAUUUUUUGAUAUGUAUGGUACAUUUUCAAAAGUAAUUACUUUUACAUUUGUAUUGUGAUUUUUAAUCGGUUUCUGGCUGCAUUAUACUUUUCCUUAUGUAAACCUUUUCCAUCUUCAUGUGAUCAUUGUCUUUUAAUGAAUGUCAAUCUUUUGUCUUGAUUAGGCCAUCUUACCCAGGUCUAAUUCUCUCAUGCCAUUCUUUUCAUUCCAACAAAAUAAAAUAACUUCUUUCUGUGUCAUUAGACCUUCAAGUGAGUAAUAAACAUCUAAAAUAACUUUUCUUC